GCGGCAGCAAGGUUCCUGCUGCAAACUCGAAGCGCAGCGCCGCCACGGUUGCAAAAGGCGCCUCUUUUUUUUUCUUGUUUCACCUCUACCCGGCGACCCGAAUGGAGAAGGGCAGUGGAGGCAGCGCUCCGCCGCCGCCGCCGCUCCACAUGGAGGACUUCCAGCUGGAGGGGAAGAAGCCCGUCAAGAACCCCUUUGUGCCCAUCGGUGCACUGGUUACUGCUGGAGUUCUGACUGCUGGUCUGGUCAGUUUCCGAUAUGGGAACUCUCGGCUGGGUCAGAAACUGAUGAGGGCACGUGUAGUUGCUCAAGGCGCUACAGUUGCUCUGAUGAUAGGCAGUGCUUACUACUACGGCGAUGAAAUCAAGCUGUUCAAGAAAGGGUCAAGCCCAUGAUCUUCCAUGAAUAUUGAUGUUUUUGGUGUGUGGAGGAAUGUCUUGUAUACACUGAAAUUUCACCUGGGCCCUGCUGUUGACCCCUUUUAACAUCAUUUUGGCCUAUGUGAUGAUAGCUAACAAGAAAUCGCUGUUGGUCCGAUCGGCAGGCUUGAAAAUAAAUAAUUUGUUUGUUGAUUAGGUUGUGCAUCAAUUGCUAUAUGUUUAUACAAGCACGUUCUGUUGUCUGGCAA